AUGGAAAAAGCCAGGUAUGAUUUUCUCAUUGUGUGCCUGAUUUUUGAAUGUAUAGUUUUAUGCUGGAUUAUGUUAUGUGAUGUUUCGUGGUAUCCGUUUUCGAAAACAACAACGUUUUUAAAAAUUAUAUUAGCACUGAAAUUCUGAAAGUGUCCCUCAGUUUGAGCCAUAAAGUAUAUACAAUACUAUUAGUCAAUAUUUUAAUGAAGAAAACAACUAGUCAAGGUUGGAGAGGUGGACAGGAUGCAAUAUUUAUAUUGAAAUCAAGCGUUGAAAAUGUUUUUUUUUUUUAAUUUAAUGUGCCUCAUACUGCGCGUAUUUUAAGAUAUAAAUAAUAGAAUUUUUAACCUCGUUAUUGAUCAACAAAUCAACCACAUUUGACAUUAAUGUGUUCCAUUUGAAUGGUUUUAGUGAAAAACCAGAUGGACAAGGUGAAAGUUUGAACAAUUCCAGGUAUAAAGUAUAUUUAGGAAGUGGAAUUUUAUGGCUAUUUUUUGCUUGUGAUAUCAGAAACGUGUUUUAAAUUAGCCACGAAUAUAAAGCAAAUCACAUUCAUUGUCAAGAUUGGUAUUACUAAUAACUGUAUGUUAAUACAGUGCAAUUAGUAUUACUAUAUGUAUAUUAUAUCAUUUGUAUGUUAUCAACCUGUGACAAUUGCUACAAGAUAAACAUACAUAAAUCAAUAUACUGUAUAACAAAUUGACCUGAGCUUAGUCAACACAACUUUGUUGACAUAAAAGAACACAUACUGGAGACAAACCUUAUGAAUGUAUUAUGUUUGCAAUGAUUUUGCUAUUCAAAUGACCACAUAAAAGAAAACACAUUGGAUAUUUACUCUAUUCCCAUGUACAUGUAUAUACCCACCCUUAUAUAGGUAUGUUCUAAUAUCCAGAUACAAGCUAGCGUUCUCCUUUAAGGGAUUGAAAUUUUUGUUAGAUAUAUACAGUAAAAACUUGUUUUACCCUUUGGGCGUCGUGUUUCCACACAAUUUCUCGUUUUCCCAAUUUCCACUCGUGUUGAUAUAACUGUAUGUAUAUCAACACGGAAAAAAGUUUUAUAUUUGCUUUAUAAUAUAGCACAAUGAAAUAACUGUACAACAUUAAAAUAAAUUUAAAGAGCGGUGGGAAAUUUUUCCGUGUUGACAUUCAGUUAUGUCAACACGGCUCUUAUCCAAUCAGCAUUCAGAAUUUCCGCAUGUUAUAUUAUAAUGGUUUGUAAUGUAUAUUAAAUGGAAUUGCUGGGAUGUACUCUAGGCAGCAAAUUAAGACUUCUGGCUCAAAUUCAUACAGCUCAUAGUGCCAAGUUGGCACUCAUUAUAAUCAAGCCAUUUGUUACACAUGGUCUGAUUUAAUUAUUCUUCAUAUGAAAUGGUAUUAAUGGUUUGAAUGCAAAUUUAUUUAUUUAAAAACUAUCUACUAUGCCUUGGUUUUAGGGGCCCUUUCGCUGGAGCAAUGAAAGGAACACCUUACUUCUGCGUGAAGCUUACGUGUCUGAACCUUUCUUAUCCAAGGCCGGAAGCAAAGAAGCAGGACAAAAGUGGACAUUAGUAGCCGACAAUCUUAAUUGUUUUGUUUUGUUUCAUGACAUGCCCCGAGAUCAGCGUAGUGUUCGAGAUCAAUUCAAUAAGAUAAUGGGAAACUACAAAAAAAAGAAGUCCAUGGAAGAAAAAGCUUCAGGUAUUACCCCAGACCCACCAACUGAAAACGAAGAAAUAUUAGAAGAGAUUAUCGAGAUGCUGGAGUCAACUCCAAUUAAGAAUCCAGCUGUUGACUCCCGAAAUGAAGAAAAAAAGAGAAAGGAAGCACUUGCUACCAGAGAAAUUGCAAUGACAACUUGGAAGAAGGCAGCAAAGCAUGGUGAGGAUGAGCAAGUUGAAGAUGAAGAAGACAGUGGUGAUGAAAAUCUGGGAGAGAAGCCUAAACCUGCAAGGAAAAGAAAAAGAAGAAGUUGUACAGACCCCAUUCAAUAUUUAGUUCAGAAAACAACAAAUGAAAAUGAGCUGAGGAAAGAAGAGUUAGAAAUCAGAAGACAAGAACUACAACUUAAAGCUGAACAACAGAAGCAGCAACUUCAGUUGCAACAACUACAGUUACAGCAAAUGAUGGAAACACAAAAAAAACACACAAAAUUUAUUUGUUACUGUCAUUGA